UUUUCCUUCAAAGGAAAAACAGCUGCAGGCUCCUUCCUCUCCCAAGACAACGCACGGACUGUAACUGCCCCGGCCCCGCGGUUGCGGCCGGUCCGGAGGGCGGGCGGGGCUUUGGGGCUACACCCGCCCGUUUGGUCCCUGCAGCACGGCCCGAGCCCAGCGCCCGCCCCCCAGUCCCCACCCGAACCGGACCGGACCGGACCCCGGUGCCGCCCCUCCGACCCACAGCCAGACCGGGAGCCGGGCCGGUCCCGCCGCCGGGGCGGAGCCGGCCCGGGCCCCGCCCAGCCCGGUAGUUCCGCUCGGGGCCGGAAGCAGCGCCUGGCCACGGAAGCGUCGCGGGGCUGGUGGGACGCGAGUGCCGGUACCGGGCUCGGGCAGCUGCGGCGGGGUUGGGGGCGCUGAGCGGCAGCGGCUGGGCAGGGCCCGGAACAAGCCACCAGGAUGCCAGCGUUGCCUCUGGACGAGCUCCAGCUGACAGAAAGGGAUCCCAAGACAGGGAAGCUGAGAACUCUACCAGCACUGCACCCAGAAAUUAAAGCAGAUCGGUCGUUCGUGCUGUACAAACCCCCUCCUGCCAUCAGGGACCCUGCUCUGGUGGAGGAAUUCCUGGAGCGAGCAAAAUUCAUUGCAGAUGACCUGAACUGGCUUCUGGCUUUGCCCCAUGACAAAUUCUGGUGCCAGGUGAUAUUUGAUGAGAGCCUGCAGAAGUGUUUGGAUUCCUACCUGCGCUCCGCCCCUCGCAAGUUCGAUGUGCUGUGGGAUUGCCACCCGGAGGUGCAUGAGCUGCAGAAAUGCCUCCAUCGCAGUGUCUUCCUCACCUUUCUCAGGAUGUCCACCCACAAGGAGUCCAAGGAUCAUUUUAUCACUCCCUCUGUCUUUGGAAAAAUUAUUUACAAUAACUUCCUGUUCGAUAUCCCCAAGAUUCUGGAUCUCUGUGUCCUUUUUGGGAAAGGAAAUGGACUCCUGCUCCAGAAGAUGAUUGGGAAUAUCUUCACUCAGCAGCCCAGUUACUUCAGUGAUCUUGAAGAAACUCUGCCCACUGUCCUCCAGGUGUUCAACAAUAUUUUGCACAAGUGUGGUUUGCAGUGUGAAGGGGCCUCUGCUGAGCCCCAGAAACUGGAAGAGAAAGUCAGUGUGACUGCAGGGAACAUGCCCCUCCAGGAGCUGAAAGACAUUGUGCUGUAUUUAUGUGACACCUGCACAACUCUCUGGGCCUUUCUUGAUGUCUUUCCCUUGGCUUGCCAGACUUUCCAAAAACAUGAGUUUUGUUACAGAUUAGCUUCAUUUUAUGAGCUGGCAAUUCCUGAGCUGGAAUCUGCAAUCAAGAAGAGGCAUUAUGAAGAUAACAGUGUUUUUGCUGAUUUGUGGAGGAGGAUUUCGCACUCCAGAAAGAAGAUGAUAGAGGUUUUUCACAUCCUGGUAAACCAAGUCUGUCUGCAGCCCAUCCUAGAGAGCAGGUGUGAUACAGCUUUAGAUCGAAGUGCUGAAAUGUUUGCUGAAGCCUUAAAAACCACUUGCUUCCAUUUGACUCUUUGCUCCUGUGAAAGCCAAAUGUGGCCUGAAAUCUCUCUUCAAAUGGGGCUCUCCCUUGCUGUGUCAAUCUGUGAGAAUAUUCAGCCAUAUAUUGAGGAAUUUCUGCAGAUCUUCACCUCGGUGCUUCAGGAAAGGAGAUUUCUCCGUGACUACGAUGAGCUGUUCCCUGUUGAGGAUGACGUGAGUCUGCUGCAGCAGGCAUCCUCUGCACUAGAUGAGACCAGGACAGCCUACAUCCUCCAAGCAGUGGAAAGUGCCUGGGAAGGAGUAAACAGGAAAAAAGGACAAGCUGUUAAAGAUCCAGCAGCAUCCAACAGAGCUUCAGCCAUAGUGGAGAGCACCCCUGAGGACAGGGAGGAUCCAGGGGCUGCGUGUGCUCUGGAGGAUGAGUGUGCCGGCGCUGCGGCCGCGCCCGUCGCAUGCGUGUCCGGCGUGGAGCUGGACUCCCUGAUCUCCCAAGUGAAGGAUCUGCUGCCAGAUCUUGGAGAGGGAUUCAUCCUGGCCUGCCUGGAGGAGUAUGGAUAUGACACAGAGCAGGUGAUCAACAACAUCCUGGAAGAGAAGUUGGUGCCGUACCUGGAUAAGCUGGACCGAAGGAUGCAAAGACAGCUGAAGCCAGACCCUACCCCUCUAGUCAGCUCUCGCUGUAACGUUUUCCAGAAUGAUGAGUUUGAUGUUUUCAGUAGGGAUGCAGUGGAUGUGUCUCGGAUCCAGAAAGGCAAGAGGAGGGAGAAGGACACGACGCGGAGCUUGGUGAAUGACAAGCGGCUGGUGGCGGAGCAGCGGCAGCGCUACAGCCAGUACAGCGUGGUGCUGGAGGAGCUGCCCCUGCCGCCGGCAGCCGCCCAGCCCUACGAGGACUACGAGGACGAGUACGACGACACCUACGAUGGGAACCAAGUGGGCGCUAACGACGCUGACUCGGAUGACGAGCUCAUCUCCAGGAGGCCAUUCACAAUUCCUCAGGUCCUGAGACCUAAAGGACAGGAGGAAGGACAGGAGACAGAGGAAGAGGAUGAAGAGGAGGAGGAGGAAGCUGAAAAGGAAAGAACAAAGGACCACUUUGUGCAGGACCCCGCAGUCCUGCGGGAGAGGGCUGAAGCCAGGCGCCAGGCAUUCCUUGCCAGGAAGGGGCACAAGCACGACAGCUCUGCCGUUGUUGGGAACGCCAAGGGCCACGGGCAGAGCCGGGAGACGCUGCAGGAGCGGAGGAAGAAAGAAGCGAACAAAAGCACCCGAGCCAACCACAACCGCCGGGCCAUGGCCGACAGGAAGCGCAGCAAGGGCAUGAUCCCUUCCUGAGCAGCCCGGGCCGGGCCUGCACCAUCCCAGGCCCUGCCCAGGAGGAGGCUCCCUUUCCUCGGCCUUCCCUUUGCUCAGGGGAUGGAUGUUGUGUGCAAUACCGGGCAGCUGGGCUCACACGGAGCUGCAUUCCCCGUGGGAGUGCUGCCCAUUCCCGGGAAGGAGCUGCCCUGACUGUGUGUGCCAGUGGCUGCACCCAAUACAUGGGACAGGCUGCAGCAGCCAUUCCUGCCCUUUUGUACUAUUUAUAAUUCAGAGUUUUAUUUUCAUACUGGCUCCUGCCCACCCUGGAGUGGGCAGCUCCGAGAGCACGGCUUCCAUGGAAAUGCCUUAUCCUGAGCUUGAGUUAUAAAUUGUCCCAGCUCGGAAGGGACCCACAGGGAUCACGAGUCCCACUCCUGUCCCUGCCCAGACCCCCAACAACCCCACCCUGUCCAUCCCUGGCAGUGCUGUCCAAAGGCUCCUGGAGCUCUGGCAGCCUUGGGGCCGUGCCCAUUCCCUGGGGAGCCUGGGCAGUGCCAGCACCCUCUGGGGGAAGAACUUUCCUGAUCUCCACCUAAACCUCCCAACACAGCUCCGUGCUGGCAGAGAAAGGCUCAGGCUGUUCCCACUGCCAACAGACCCACAGGGUGAGUCAGACCUUAUGGAUUUCUGUCCCUCAAGUGAGGCCUGUGAAAACAGAUGGUACAAAUAAAAGAUGUAGAUGUC